ACAAGAGCACGAUAUUCACUACCAUUACAGCGUAAAUUCUGCCUAACUGACUGCAUUUGGGAUAGCAGUUCUUUGUAUUUAAUUCAAUUUCAUUACCUAUUUUAGUUUGAAUUUUGAAGUGAUCAUGGCUGCAUACGGACUAAGCUGCAGGUUCUCACCACCGCCACCAUGUACUAGAUUACUGGAACCAGGGGCUUAUGAACCAGAUGUACGAUUGUGUUCAAAACAUGUAAAAUCAAAUAGAUACCCUUUUCUCUCAAAUGCACCACGCAAUACAAUGAAUGUGUGUAAAUCAUACACAGAUGCUAUUUACGAUACUGCUAUACCCCAUAGGAUACCAAAUUGCACAUCACUAAUGGCAAAAUGUCCCAGAUUUCCGUAUAAAGCUUUCAGUAAAAAGGAUUUAGAGGAAAUACUUUGUCGAUGCGGUUUGGACAACCCAUGCGAAUGUCACACGGGAGAAGAAGAGGAGGAAAUUGUCUGCCAAGGAAAAGUGCGCAGACGGCUGUAUAUAGGACCACCGCCACAUUCGUCUUUGGCAGGAGGAAUAUCCUGCCCUUCUCGAAAUGAUCGUGGUUUCGACGUGAUGCCUGAUGGUUCUAUGCGUCGAUCACUGAAUGUAGUCAAAGAAGCAAGCCCACCUUUUUAUGACACUAGGGUAAAUGAGUCUACGGCAUUCUACCAGGGGUGCAAAUGGAGUAAGUGGACAUCUCAACGAUCUAUGAAAUCGUUAGAAGUACUACCAGGUCCAGCACAUUACCACAUAGAGAGGGAAAUUGCUGCCGAAGAAAAAUGUUAUGAAAUUAUUAGAGAAUAUCGACGUAAGACAUCUAAGCUCGUGCGAUCAAUGGAGAAUCGAAGGGGCCCUGGGCCUUCAGACUAUUCACCUCAGUUACCAAAACGCCCUGAAUUAAAAUAUUUGGGUCCGAAAGCCAAAAGAUUCUUAUCCUCUAAAUAUGAUGUGCGGCCAAGCCCCGCUAGGUACUCAAUUAAACGUGAUUUUGAUCCUCCCAAUAUUCCAUUCAAUCCUCGCUAUAGUACAUUACCUUUGCCGUCACCAGCUGGUUUUGGUUCCAAGGAUACUAGGUUAAAAUAUCGUGUUUCAUGUGGUCCAAGUCCAGCCGAUUACAAUGCUAAUGUAAAACUUUGUCGUAUCUUAUAUUGUGGUAGUCAUAACGCUCCAUUUAAUUGUUCUGCAAAGAGAUUUCAAGAUACUGAAAUUGGUUAUGAAUACGACGACGAAGGUGAAGACUCCAAGAGCCAAAGCGAUGAUGAUGAUCACCCGCCAAUAUUACUUAAGCCUAGGGAGUGCCCUCAGUUAACAUGUCAGUUCAGAUCUAAUACUUCUAGAUUCAAACCACUGUACAAGAAACUACACGAACCUAGUCCUGCUGAUCUAGGGCUAGACCUAUUAAGCAAAAACCACAAAGAAAAAUCUGUGAUGCUACAAAUGGUUGCACCAUUCACGUCGUCUCAGGGCCGGUUCCGGCGUUGGCACAACUGGAUGCCAGUGCAUAACGUGUAUGGUACGCCUGGACCAGGAUACUACAACUGGGAUAAACCGAAAUGCUAUCCAGCUGUUCGUUGUGGCCCACUAUUCAGAACCCAACGUUUCAAUGAAAAGGGCGACGCUAUGCCGGCACCAAACGAAUAUAAAGUUGGCGGUGGUGUUGACGAUGUUCUAGUAACAUAUAACAGAAGAUUAUUGGACAACAUCAAAAAACAACACAAAUUCCAUUGGGAGUUACCGGUUGAACCCAGACAGUUAGAUUACAAGGAACGCGAGUUAGCUCUAUUAGAUAAAGCCAUAGCGAAUUUAAGCACCUCUGAUUUUAUGCGUAAAUCGGACGAUCCUAUACCAGAGCCGGUACAAGAAGAACCUAAGCUCAAAAAACAAAAAUUGUUACGAAGUCUUUUGUACAAAAAGCCAAUACCAUAUAAUAUUUAGCAAAAUGUACGUUUGUUAUAGUUUUUAUAUACAAACAUGUGCGUCCUACCAAUUCAUAUAGUAAUCCUAUUCGUACUGGAAAUCCUAUUUUUAUAAAUUAUAAUAUAUAAAUA